AUGGUUUUUCGAACCAGACCAAACAACCCCCUGCUCCUCCUGACUGUCAAGCUCUUGGAUACGUAUCAGGGGAUCAAUGAAAAGUAUUAUGCAAAACAGGAUCGAAGACACAAUGAUGGAUAUGACGAUGAGAAUGGGGAUUACAUUAUCAGACCUGGGGAUGUGAUUAACAAUCGAUACAAAAUUGUUACAAGGUCAAACGGAUCGUCUCCUCUGUUGGGAAAAGGAUCUUUCGGUCAAGUUGUAUAUGCUAUUGAUACCAUGGAAAGCAAUCGGAACAAGCAACAUGUCGCAAUCAAGAUAACCAAGAAUCAUCGCCACUGGCACGAGCAGGCGAAAAGUGAAAUUGCUCUCUUGAAGAAAUUACGGGGGAUGAACUCAGUGAUUCAGAAUGGGAUCUCAAUUGAUUGGGUGGACUAUGCAAAUGUCGUGAAGUUGACCGACGACUUCGUUCAUAGGAACCAUUGUUGUCUGGUCUUUGAGCUGCUGCCCUUCACGCUGUAUGAUCUCCUCAAGUACUCCAAGUACAAGGGAGUCUCGCUGCAGCUGGUGUCCAAAUUUGCGAAGCACUUGGUGAAAACCCUUGACUGUUUGCGGCACCCUGACCUGGACGUGAUCCAUUGUGACUUGAAACCUGAGAAUGUCAUGCUUGUCCGACACGAUGACCACAGAGUCAAGGUGAUUGACUUUGGAAGCUCUUGCAGCUCCAAACGACAGCCGUUCACCUACAUCCAAUCUCGCUUCUACAGAUCUCCUGAGGUGCUGCUGUGCCAUCCUUACAGCUACCCGAUCGACAUGUGGAGCUUGGGGUGCAUUCUGGUGGAGAUGCAUACUGGGCAACCUCUUUUCAACGGGAAGAACGAAGCGGAACAGAUGUACAAGAUUUGUGACGUCCUCGGGAUGCCUCCGAUGGAGAUGGUCAAGAACGCCGGGGCCAAGUCAAAGGUCAAGUCUUGCUUCAAGUUCGACGAGUCCAGGUACUACAUCGUGGUUGAUUCCAAGGUUUUGGAACGAGCAACUCGAGACUUCAAGCAAAUCAUCAGGAAACCCUCCCCUCCGCCAUAUUCGGCGGAGCAGGAAGCCAUGUACAGUAUGUUCGAAGACCUCAUCCUCAAGAUGUUGACAUUCGACCCGAACGCGAGGAUCACGCCCAAGGAAGCGAUGCGCCAUCCUUUCCUUCAGGGCCACGAGCCUCUGGCACGGGCUAGCAAAGGUGACAAGAGCGACGGGGCAUCCGAUGCCCCCGCAGCGAAAACCCCGAGAGCGGACAAAGUGGACCAGGCAUCGCAAACAAACAAAUGA